GUUAGCGAGUGGUUCUGGUGUCACUACUCAGUCUGUGUGUGGUACGACGCGCGACGGAGGAAGCGGCUGUAUGCUAAGCUUGUGCUUGACUUCACAACUACGGACAUUUUUUUUUUUCUUUCAUUCCAGCAAGUGCUAUUACCCAACAUUUAUCUACGGGACUCGUUGGAAGCCUCUCUGACUUGUGCUGGAUUGAAUGUAACCUUUAUUUGAAGGUGUUUCCGCCCGCAAUAUCGAAGGGGCUUCAAGCCGGACGACGUCCACCGCCUCGAGACGACGGAGAUCUGCAGCGCUGUGGAGGGGCGAAAAGACGACGGAAAAGGAACCGGAGAUAUAUAUAUAUAUAUAUAUAUAUAUAUAUUUAUUUUUAUUUUUUUGCUUUUCUGCGGUGACUUGUGCGGGCGAAGGAUAUACUACGACCAAUGUGUGGAUAUUAAAAUUUAACCUGUGCAACGGGGGCGGCGAGGGAGUCUGUGGAGACAAAGGAGGAGUGAGCGCUUCGAUGCCGGGUGACUGAGCGCCUCACAGCCGCCGACGGUACUUUGUCCGCCGCCAUCCUGGGAGGGGGUGGUGGUGGUGGUGAGCGACUGCACUCGGAUUACUUGAAGAAAAACGGGGGAGGAAAAAACGAGUUCCCUCGCGUGAAAGAUAGAUAUGUAUCCACAAGGCCGGCAUCCGGCCCCUCACCAGCCAGGGCAGCCUGGCUUCAAGUUCACUGUGGCAGAGUCAUGUGACAGAAUCAAAGACGAAUUUCAGUUUCUGCAGGCUCAGUAUCACAGUCUGAAAGUGGAGUACGACAAACUGGCCAACGAAAAGACAGAGAUGCAACGCCACUAUGUCAUGUACUAUGAGAUGUCCUACGGGCUCAAUAUUGAGAUGCACAAACAGACUGAGAUUGCCAAACGCCUCAAUGCAAUCCUAGCUCAGAUAAUGCCAUUCUUGUCACAAGAGCAUCAACAGCAGGUUGCUCAAGCUGUUGAGCGAGCUAAACAGGUGACCAUGACUGAACUGAAUGCUAUCAUCGGGGUACGUGGACUUCCCAAUCUGCCACUCACUCAGCAGCAGCUACAGGCCCAGCACCUCUCCCACGCAGCCCAUGGACCCCCUGUGCAGCUGCCCCCUCACCCUUCAGGUCUGCAGCCACCCGGUAUCCCCUCUGUGACUGGUGCUGGCUCUGGACUGCUUGCGCUCGGUGCACUUGGCAGCCAGGCUCACCUGCCUGUAAAGGAUGAGAAGAACCAUCACGACCUGGAGCACAGAGAACGAGAGUCGAGCACGAAUAAUUCUGUGUCGCCGUCAGACAGCCUGCGGGCAGCAAGUGAAAAGCACCGCGGCUCAUCCGAUUAUGGGCUUGACCCUAAGAAACGCAAAGUGGACGACAAGGACAGCAUGAACAGAUAUGAUAGUGAUGGAGACAAGAGCGAUGACUUAGUGGUGGAUGUUUCAAAUGAGGAUCCAGCCACCCCUCGCGUGAGCCCUGCUCACUCUCCUCCAGAAAACGGCUUGGACAAAUCACGGGUUCUGAAGAAAGAUGCCGCACCCAAUAGCCCUGCCUCAGUGGCGUCCUCAGGAAGCACACCAUCCUCCAAAGCAAAGGACCACACCCAUAUGGCAAAUGACAAGUCAUCUACACCAAGCCUGAAGUCCAACACACCCACUCCAAGAAACGAGGCACCCACACCAGGAACAAGCACCACUCCUGGGCUGAGGCCUCUGACUAUGGGCAAACCGACUGGCAUGGAGGCAUUAACUGGCCCUGCCCUUCGCACCCCCCUGUCUAUUGCGGGUUCCUACGCCACCCCCUUUGCUAUGAUGGGUCAUCAUGAGAUGAAUGGAUCCCUGACCAGCCCGGGUGUCUAUCCUGGUCUGAUUUCACCUCAGAUGAGUGCAGCGGCUGCUGCUGCUGCUGCUUAUGGACGCUCGCCAAUUCCUCAUCAGUUUGACCCGCGCAUUGACCAGCGUUGGCAUGAAUUAACCAUCUUAGCUGCGGGGUUCGACCCUCAUCCCCACAUGAGAGCUCCUGGCCUGCCAACCAGCCUCCCUUCCAUUUCAGGUGGAAAACCGGCGUAUUCUUUUCAUGUGAGUGCGGACGGUCAGAUGCAGCCUGUGCCCUUCCCUCCAGACGCACUGAUAGGCCCGGGCAUCCCACGACACGCUCGUCAGAUCAACACACUGAGCCACGGGGAAGUUGUGUGUGCUGUCACCAUCAGCAAUCCCACUCGUCACGUCUACACAGGCGGCAAGGGCUGUGUGAAGAUAUGGGACAUCAGCCAACCAGGGAGCAAGAGCCCUGUGUCCCAACUUGACUGUCUGAACAGGGACAAUUACAUCCGCUCCUGUAAGCUGUUGCCUGACGGCCGCACCCUGAUCGUGGGUGGCGAGGCCAGCACACUGACCAUCUGGGACCUGGCAUCACAGACACCACGCAUUAAAGCAGAGCUUACCUCCUCUGCCCCGGCCUGCUACGCACUGGCCAUAAGUCCUGAUGCCAAGGUCUGCUUUUCCUGCUGCUCGGAUGGUAACAUUGCUGUGUGGGACCUCCAUAAUCAGACCCUUGUUCGGCAGUUCCAAGGCCACACAGAUGGAGCCAGCUGUAUCGACAUCUCUCAUGAUGGGACCAAGCUCUGGACCGGCGGGUUGGACAACACUGUCCGUUCCUGGGACCUGAGAGAAGGGCGACAGCUCCAGCAACAUGACUUUACCUCACAGAUCUUCUCUCUAGGCUACUGCCCCACUGGAGAAUGGCUGGCUGUGGGCAUGGAGAGCAGCAAUGUGGAGGUGUUGCACCACACUAAGCCUGACAAAUACCAGCUACAUCUGCAUGAAAGCUGCGUCCUCUCACUCAAGUUCGCCUACUGUGGUAAAUGGUUUGUAAGCACGGGGAAGGACAAUCUGCUGAACGCAUGGAGGACUCCCUAUGGUGCCAGCAUAUUCCAGUCCAAGGAGUCGUCGUCGGUUCUGAGCUGUGACAUUUCAGCGGAUGACAAAUACAUUGUGACGGGUUCUGGUGACAAGAAGGCCACAGUCUACGAGGUCAUCUACUAGCGGCGCGCUUACUCUGCUUUAGCACUUCUACUGAGACUACUCUUUUCAUUGACCCUGCCUGCAUCUAUCUGCAAAGUGGAACAUAACACGCAAGAUUUUUAUCCACCCCUGAGUACAGCUGCGACAGAGAUGAUUUUUGCAGCGUGCAGCCUUUUCCUUUGGUGGGGAGGUGUAGCGGGUUCGCAUUUUUGCGUCUUUUGUAUUUUUGCAAGUAUUUGAGCAUAACCCAAUGAAGCAGUGCUUCAACCCUGAGAACCAUGGUCCACAGAUGUGAUGUGAAAAAUGUACAUAAUGGAUUAUAUAAAUACAUUUUAUAUAUAUAUUAUAAAUAUAUAUAUAUUUUCAUGUCCUGGGUGUAAUUGUGAUAUGUUUUGGCUCUUACAGUCUUACAAAAUAUGUGAGUGCAAAUCAGAGAUUAGAAUUUAUGAACGUAACUCACCUUGUUAUUGUUUCCUUGAAGCACAUUCUGCGGGCUGACCUUUUCAACAAGAUGCGGAGAAGCAGGACGUUGAAAAGUAGAACGCUGUGGAACUUUUAAAUGGCCUGUUCAGCUCAGUGCUCUUGCCAGAUGACAACGUGGUCUGGUCUGCAUUGUGGAGCUACUGACUCAUUUGUGCCACAGUGGGACCACGCAAGACGCUGAUCGAAAAGAAAAGAUUGGUUGUUGAAUUCAUAGCUAGAUAUCAGACAGACAGGCAAAUGGUGUGUGUGUGUGUGUGUGUGUGUGUGUGUAUGUGUAUAUAUAUAUAU